AUGGCAACGACAUCAAGAUCACUACCUACUGGGCCCGGUUUACUAUUCAUUCAGGUCCAGAUCGAACCCGCAGCUUUCGACGACCACGUUCUUGGCAAUUGGUUCAAGGGAAGCAAUUUAUGGAGCCAAACAAAAGAAAGAUCAAAAUCUCAUUCAAGUAAUUGGGAAUGUGCUGACCUUUCCGACGGACCAAAGCACCUGUCGUUGUGGAGGGUUGAGAAUCUUGCUGAGGUUGCUGAGGAAGCGGGUGUACCAUCAAGCAGCAGCAAUGAUGCCAUGAAGGAGACCAAAUUUGAAAUGAGAUACUACUCGCUUGUUGAAGAGUUCGAAAAGGACAAGCACGACGAGAGCCAUGCUACCACGCACAUUAUUACAGCUGGUAUGGAGCCCGCGAAUCUUGAAGCUUCGACAGAUCUCGAUAAGUGGUAUUCGGAAGAACACAAUGAGCAAAUGUCGCUUGAACCAGGUUGGAUUCGCUCAAGACGCUACAAGCUGGCUGAUGACCCUGGCGAUGCCUUUGGUGGCCCGGAUCGGAGAAUUACUUGGAUGACUAUUCAUGAAUUUGGUCAGGGCAACAAGCUUGGUAACAAGGUGGAGGCUCUGGACCCUGUCACACCUUGGACGAGGAAGGUAAUGGGUGGAAUGAGUGUUAUCGAAGCAAACGUCUGGGCCAACACUCAGGAAUCCUCUACGGUGCAUUGA